UAAUGAUCGCAAAACUCAUCAGUAUUCUGGAUAGAAUGCACCGGCUGUUCUUUGUUCUUCGACAUUAGUUAUUCGGGCUGUUCAAGGCAGUUUUCGGACUUGUUGCAGACUUGCAGCAUAAUAUCAUUCUUCUUAAGUUGCUCUGGUUCAUCGUCUGUCGGCUUUCUGCCAAAUUCGCCUUUACUGUUUCUCGCAUUACUCUGACUUGACAGUUGACAGUUAUGGCUGAUAAUGCUCAGAUGGAAAUGAUGGCAGCCAUGAUGCGCUUGAAAAACGAAGUCGACGAAAAGAGGAAGACCACACCCAAAUCGGAGCUGAAAUGUAUCAAUUGCCACCACCAUCCAACUGUCUUCCACAACGAAAACGCUCGAAAGGAGUUCGAGGAAAUUUCGCAGAUAUGCGGUGCUUGUUGGGAAGUGAUCACGCUGGAGCCUGACGCGACGAAGAGCGACAUCGAAGCGGCUGAAAACAUUCUCAAACUGCAGAAUCGCACCUUCCACUACAAGCCGCGCGGAUGGACUUGUUUGACGUGCAAGAAGCGACUGAAUCACCAGUUCAUGCAGGAUAAAUGCGACUGUAUUUCAUCUUGAGGAUUAUUUCUUCGAUACGGGUUAGCCGGAGGCCCGGAACCAUGAUUUGUACUGGGAUUCAUCGUUCCAAGUUUCUGACUCAUUUUCAGCAUUCUUUUCCUACAGUGUUUUUCUGCUAUCCCUCUUUUUUGUAGUCAUGCGGUAAUUGUAGAACGUGCAAUAGCCUGAAUGGAGUAGAGCUUGCUUACAAUUAGGCAAAUAGAAGUUCAGUUGACUUUUGAACCAACGAACUUUGCCAAAUGGACUUUCGUUUUGUACCAAAUCUUGAGCUUUAAAAUCUCGUCGGAAGUUGUAUUAUAUUCUUACAAUAAUUAUAAAAAUCAGGCGCAUAAUUUUUUACC